AUGCCUGCUUCAUGGUCAAAACAGGAGUUAGCUGGAAUAGAAUGGCUGCGUUCUUUUCGCCAAAGACAUCCACCCUUGACGCUAAGAUGCCCAGAGCGUUGUAGUCUAGCCAGAGCAACCUCUUUUAUCCGAUCAAAUGUGGGACAAUUUUUUGAUAAUCUUUAUAAUAUUUUGCAAAGAGAUCCACGGUUUGCCGAUGGGACGCGAAUCUUUAAUUUGGACGAAACUUCCACUACUACUGUGCAAAAACCUCAAAGAGUCUUGGCACCCAAGAGUAUAAGAUGCUUGUCCAAAGUAACCAGUGGAGAAAAGGGAACAUUAGUUACUACAUGUUGUAUCGUAAGUGCAAGUGGGCAAAGUCUACCGCCAGCUUUAAUAUUUCCCAGAGUGUAUUUUAAACCGCAUAUGCUUAAUGGAGCUCCACCAGGCUCUUUGGGCUUGGCAACUUCCAGUGGCUGGAUGAACUCAGAUCUCUUUAGCGAGGUGAUGCUUCAUUUUGUCAAGCAUAGUUCAUUUUCAAAAGAGAAUCUAUCCAUAUUGAUUAUGGACAACCACGAAUCGCACCUGACAAUCAGAGCUAUUGAAAUUGCAAAGGAAAACGGUGUUAAUAUUUUAACCCUUCCACCCCAUACAACGCAGAAAACCCAACCAUUAGAUGUUGGUAUAAUGAAGCCGUUUAAAGAAUAUUAUAAUGCCUCUAUUGAUUCUUGGAUGCUGAGAAAGCCUGGGAUUCCCGUUACUAUUUAUGAAUUAGCAUCUUUUAUUGGAAUAGCUUAUCAGAAAGCUAUGACACCAUCUACAAUUACAAAUGCAUUUAGGAAAACAGGCAUAUUCCCGUUUGAUCGUAACAUUUUUUCAGAAGUUGACUUUAUGCCUAGCUCCGUCACCGAUAGACCUGACCCUGGGGAUCGAAACCUAUAUAUUUUGGACCAAGAGGUGGAAAAUGGAAACCCAGAUGACAGAGAUGAUAUUGAAGAAAACACAAACUCUUCACAACGUGACAUGUCAAAAGAAAAAGCUACUAUCUCCAAUCAACCAGAUGGUAUCGAGAAAAACCUAAAUAUCGAGUCUCCUAUUCCAUCCACUUUGUAUCAACAAAACAACGAAAAUAUUUUUAUAUCUCCCAAAGAAUUUCAACCACCACUCCGUGCAGCCGCCAGAAAAAAUACAAGGAAAAGACGCAAAGCGGGAAGGAGUCUAAUUGCAACUGACACUCCUGAAAAGAACCUCUUGGAAAUGGAGCAACAAGGUAAAAGACGAAUAGUUCCGAAGAAGACAAAGAGAGUCCUAAUGGAAAGUUCAUCGUCAAGCUGA